UGCUGCUUGUGGGAUGGUGUAUCCAGUGGUGAACAUGUGUUAAAAAAUGGCCUUUUUUCAGGCUUUAUUAUAUAUUGAACACAUGUAAUUAUUCGGAAACGAAGAAAAGAUGCUGUUAUUUGGUUUGGGCACUCAUCAGUUGACAGGAGGCGAUCUGGUGCACAGGGUUUUGGAAGCAGCUCUUGCAGCCAACUACAGACUAAUUGACACUGCUUCAGUUUAUCGUAAUGAGACCGAUAUUGGCACCUCACUACAAAAGUUGUAUCCUCAACUGAACCUAAACCGAUCAGAUAUAUUUAUUACAACAAAACUAGGACCCAAAGAUCAAGGCUACGACAAGGCCUACAGGGCGUGUCUCAAAUCUAUAGAGAAGCUGCAGUGCGAGUACUUAGACCUGUACCUAAUUCACUGGCCUGGCAGGCAGAAGCUGAAGCAUGAUGAUGAGCAGAAUAGAAGCUACCGAAAGGAGAGUUGGAGGGCGAUGGAGAGGCUCUACAAAGAAGGAAAAGUGAAAAGCAUUGGUGUGUCAAAUUAUACCAUUCGUCAUCUGGAAGAACUUCUUUCUCAUGCAGAAAUACCACCGUCAGUCUUGCAAGUGGAGUUUCAUCCAUAUUAUCGUCAACAAGAACUGUUAGAUUGGUGCAAAGAGCACAACAUCAGGAUGCAAGCCUACACUUCACUUGGGAAAGGAAAGCUGUUACUGGAUCCAGUUGUCAUUCAGAUAGCAAAAAAGCACGGGAAGAAACCAAGUCAAGUUCUCCUGAAGUGGGCAGUCCAACAAGGAAUAGGUGUGAUUCCAAAGUCCACCAACCCAGAACACAUUCAAGAUAAUUCUGCAAUAUUUGACUUUGAACUCUGUUCCCAAGACAUGGACAUGCUCAACGGUCUUCAUAGCAACACUAAAUAUUGCUGGGAUCCUUCUGACAUUGCCUGAUAAAUAAAUAUUUAUUUAAUGUUUUUUUCAUGACAUUCUGGGUCAACUACAUGUAAGAAAAUCACGAAAGACUCAACUCAACUGCAUUUGUCAUGGAAGAAUCCACUCAACUACAAAAUUUAUUCAAAAGGUACUAAAUUAACGUAAACAUAUAUACAAAACACUUUAUAUAACUUCAUAUUCUUGAUCAUGAGACUUUAGUUGAUAUAAUCUUAAACUUUGUGGUAUUUUUUUAUAGCUAGGCCCCCCUAGGUCAUUUUUUUUUUCUACACACGUAUCCAUAUAGAAUAGCAGUGCGAGACGUACCCAGUAAUGCUUUGCGCGAAGCACCCCCUAUUGUCAAAAAUUCUCUAAAUUUGUUUACGUUUGAAAAACCGUUACUUCCACCUACCUUCCCCAAAUUGGUACGGCCCAAGCAGAUGUAAAACAAGUCAUAGGUGGUGCCUAGGCUUCCUCAUAAAUUUAAUUAUUUAUUAAUAUAUUUUUAUUCACGAAAAAUACAACAUUAGCAUAAUUAUUUUAAAAAUAAUACUUAAUAGUAUAUAGUGAGUAUUUUUUGGGAAAAAUCGGGAAAAAAAGUGCAAUAAUUAUAAUUUUAAAUUUUUAUUAUCUAAAAGUUUUUUGGUUAUGGGUCAUGGUAUUAUUGGAAAUAGGGUAGGAUAAACUAUGAAAUGGAGACGGUCAUAGCUGGGAAAUAAUUCAUAGGUUGCUGCUUUAGCCUCUUGAAAAAGGAUGAUUUCAUCAUAAAAGAUGGGGAUUUAAACCAGGGAAAACAUGGUUUUACCGUGAUUUUACCGAACAUAUUGUGUUAUUGUCGCCAUCAAAAUUAUCUAUGAAGACAAGAUGGUAUCUAAACACAUUUAAACCAAUGUUUAUUUUGUAUGUUAUGCCUUGAUCGAACAAUGAACACGAGGAUAAUCCCAUGUGCUUGGGUUGACAAUGCUGGUUUUCUUGUCUACAUACAAUAUUGGUGAGUAUAUUUUCACUUUAGUUUUGGAUACUUUGUAUUUUAACUUUGUAUAUAAAUUUGAAUAACCUAAAUAUAAUUUAAUUUGAGUUUUAAGUGAAGAAUUCUAAUUUACAAUUAUUUGUGAUUAAUUGAUUUCCCCAUAAAAGAGGAAUGGAAUAGGCCCACGCAAUGCGUGGAUGUGCGUUUUGUGUUGUACUAUUUUUAUAAUAGGGGAGUUUAGUUAAAUAAUUGAAUUUGUAUACUGUAGUAGUAAUAACUUUGUUUCCAUUUGCAGUAUUGUAAUUUGUAUCAUGUCACUUUUUUACAGCAUUCAAUAUAAUUCAGUUACAUACAGUAAUAAUUGUAUUCAGGAAUUCAUUCAAUUAUUAUUAAACUAAAAAUGCUGAAAAUUAUUCCUUAUGACACCAUUCAAUGAUUCAGUAAGCAAGUUUAUUUGGAUUUUUUUUUUAUUCAAGCCAGAUUCAAGACUGAAAAGUCAUUUUAUUUUGUCAUACAUAAGUUAUUAAGAAUAAAUUUUAUUUCAUACAUAAGUGUACAUAUUAUAAUUUCCUGAGACUUAAUUAAUAUAAAAUAAUAGCAACACACAUAGACAACUGAUUAUAAGUCAAUCGUGUUGUCAUCAUUGCAACUUCCCACUGUUAUCUGCCUAUCCCCCACAGUCCACUCAUUUUUUAAUUAGUGGACACUUAGCUUGAUUUUUUUUAGGUGCAUGUGCAAAGAAAAAUAAAUUCUCAUUUGUAAAAGGGCUCCAACCCACAGACUAGUGAUUAACAAGCUUAGGUCUAAUUAGAACCCUAAGAAAAAUUACUUAAAAUUCACUAGUAUGAACAAUUAAGGAAUUCAUUCAGUCGAUGGACCCUCAUAGACAAAACAAACUUCAUGCUUCAUAGGAAUAUUCUAGACCUAUUUUAAAGACUCAAGGAACAAAGGUAGAUGUAAGCCUACGGCCAGGCAUGCACUGACCAAAAUCAGUGACUGUUUUCUCCCUCGAAUACUGAAAUGUUUAUUUUUUUGACAAAUGUCUAUCAAAAUAGCAUUACAAACAAGUUCUUUCUAACACAAUGCAAAUUAUAAGAGUUAUUCAUCG